AUGGGGAAUAUGUUUGGUUCAAUAUUUGGAAAGAAACAUUAUCGAAUAUUAAUGCUUGGUCUUGAUAAUGCUGGUAAAACAUCAAUUCUUUAUCGUCUUCGUCUCAAAGAAUCGAUUACAACAAUACCAACUGUUGGAUUUAAUGUUGAAACUGUUUUAUUAGGACAUGUUAAAUUUAAUGUGUGGGAUGUUGGUGGACAAGAUAAAAUUCGUCCAUUAUGGCGACAUUAUUAUACAGGAUCUCAAGGACUUAUAUUUGUUGUUGAUUCAUGUGAUCGUGAACGUAUGGAAGAAGCAAGUCGUGAAUUAGAAAAAAUCAUUAAUGAUCGUGAAAUGCGUAAUACUGUUCUGCUUGUAUUUUGUAAUAAACAAGAUAUGCCUGGAUGUAUGCAACCAGCUGAAAUACGGCAAGCAUUACAUUUAGAUAAAUUAAACCGUCCAUAUGCUAUAAUGCCAUGUUCAGCUUUGCAUGGUACGGGUUUAUCAGAAGGUCUCAAAUGGCUAUCUGAACAUUGUAAAUAA